CAGGGCAUAGCGCUGUCGCUGCUCGCUAUGGCUUGUGUCCCGCCCGCUUUCAUCGGCUGUGAGGAGGUGGAGCGGCACCUGCCCCGCGGCAGCCUGCUGCUGCCGGCGCUGGAGGCGGCGCUGGCCAACUUCUCCAGCGGCGCGGCGGGCGGCGUGGCGCAGCCGGUGCGCACCGUGGUGCCGGUGCGGCCGCACGGCGGGUUCCUGGGAGUGAUGCCCGCGUACAGCGCCGCGGACGACGCGCUGACGACCAAGCUGGUGACUUUCUACGCGCACCACAAAGAUUCUUCUGUGCCUUCUCACCAAGCGACUGUCCUCUUGUUUGAUCCGAGAAACGGCACUCUCAAGGCUGUUUUAGAUGGCAGUGUCAUUACAGCAAAACGAACAGCUGCAGUUUCUGCAAUAGCUACCAAGUUAUUAAUGCCAGCUUCUGCAGAAGUGCUGUGCAUUUUGGGAGCUGGUGUUCAAGCAUAUAGCCAUUAUGAUAUCUUCACAGAGCUGUUCACGUUUAAGGAGGUCAGGAUAUGGAAUCGCACCAAGGAGAACGCGGUGAAGUUUGCAUGUUCUGUUAAUGGUCCAGUGAAGGUCUGUUCCUCUACUCAGGAGGCAGUUACUGGGGCUGACGUCAUUGUAACAGUCACCAUGGCAACAACACCAGUUUUAUUUGGAAAGUGGGUAAAACCAGGUGCCCAUGUCAACGCUGUUGGAGCAAGCAGACCAGAUUGGAGAGAACUGGAUGAUGAACUGAUGAAGAAUUGUGUUCUCUUUGUGGAUUCCAGAGAGGCUGCUCUUACUGAAUCAGGAGAUAUUAUAUUAUCAGGGGCGGAGAUUUUUGCUGAACUGGGAGAGGUACUGAAGGGUACAAAACCAGCCCUGCGUGAGAAAACAACAGUGUUUAAAUCACUGGGGAUGGCAGUUGAAGAUACAGUAGCAGCGAAAUUUGUUUAUGAUUCAUGGUCAGCUGGUAACUAAAGUCUACAAUGCCAAGAAGGUCAUAAAAUACCAAGAAAAUGAUUUGUGCUUAGUUUCCUUCAAUUUUUUUAACAAUAACUUUGACAAUCCUAGCUGAAUGUAGUGCUUCUAGAACUUUCAAAACCAAAAUCAAACUUCAGUAAUAGACCACUUCUACUGUUUUCUACUGGCAAAUAUUAGGUAUUUGCAGUAUUACUAACAAGUAUUGUAUGUAUUUUGAUACCAUUUUGGAAUCAACACCUUUCUUUCUCAGCAACAUAUAUAGCAGAAAACCAUGGGUGGAUUGUUUGUAGAGAGGUAAUUCAUGCUGGAGUAAAGUAAGUCUGUUUGGAGACUGGAGUCUGAGCUUGACAUGUUACCUGUGAUAAAUGAAACUGGUUCCAGUGUUAUCAUGGACAGUGAUUUAGUCUGCAGUCUCUCCUGGCAAUGCGGUCCACUCUGGACUCCUGGAGACUACUUAGCCUCAGUUCUGGAAGUCAUUGACCUUACUUCCCCCUCCCCCCCCCCGCCAUGUUCCUCUUGCUCUGCCCUCAAACCAUGUAGUUGCUAAUUUGAGAGCAUACUCCUGAGUGGGACUUAAUAAUGAUAUCUCCAUACAAUUAGAUUUGUCUCCCUGUUUUCAUAAAGCACCUGGGUCAAGAAGGCUUAAGACAGCAAAAAAAACAGCUGAUGACAGAUCACUGGAACAGGUUGCCCAGAGAGGAUGUGGAGUCCCCUUCUCUGGAGAUAUUCAAGGCCUGCCUGGAUGCAACCCUGUCUAACAUGCUCUGGGUGACCCUGCUUGAGCAGAGGGGUUGAACUAGAUGAUCUCCAGAGGUCCCUUCCAACCUUACCAAUUCUAUGAUUCUAAUACUAUGCGUGCAUUAACUGAGAGGGAACUGUAUUCAGCUUGUUCCUUAGUAGGUUCCUGGGUGUGGUGUUGCCGUUUUCUUGUUUAAAACAGUUAUCCAAAGUGUGAAUAGUGUAAAUGUGUUUUGUUUAAACUUAUGUCCUGUAGGGAUAUUUUGGUAUUAGUCUAUGGUGUUUAAGUUCUUAACACAGGUCCAAACUUAAAGCAACUUUGUAAACUGAUUACAGGGAUGUAAACAUUAAGUAUACAGGCAAAUAUGUUCAGUUUGGCUGUACCAUGCAUCAAUUGGCAUCUAUCCUGGUGGGUGUUGCUGGGGCAGGAUUUUCCAUAAGCAUCCACAUUUUUGGUGGAGGAACUCAGUGAUGUCCUACACAGGACUAAGGAAAAGUUCCAUUUUUUUUUUUUUGCUGUUGCACAACAACUUUACAAAAGAAUGAGCAUCUGAUGAAAAAUAGCCAUUGCUGCUGAAUAGAUUCCUGUCUCAGGCUAGAGUUGUGCCUUAUGAAAUUUUGUUUAUACUUGCAUAUUGUUUCAUGUAGGCUGCUAAGUAUUUCUUUAUUUCGUAAAAGAAUUACAGGACAUGGUCAUUUUAUAUUGAUGCCAGUAGAGUACACUGGAGCAAUAGGAAGAAGGUUCAGAAGCAGGUAGUGUUAAAACCCUUGAUGGCACGUAAGUAUAGAAGAAGUUAAUGAGCACAGUGCAGGUGUGACGUAAAUAAUACUCCAAAUUAAGCCUGGUGUAAACUAGUUGGAAUAGGGCCAUAAGUGGCAGAACUUGUAAUUUGCACAGUUUGUAGCAUGGAAGGGUUCCAGACCCAUGAUUGAAUUGAGCCAAAGGAUGUAUUAUGAGGGUAAAAGUUACGAAAAACUCCAGUGAACCAUUAAGCUCCCUAUUAGCUUUUACUUUUUUUAAUUUUAGCAAAACUACCUUUCAAUUCUUAACAUGCUCCCUCCCCCUGCCGUGUCAGUUGUGAAGUGCUCAGUAAUGUGUAUUUGACACAUCCUCUCACUUCAGUAAUGGGGAACUCCUGUCCUGUCCCAUUCAUGAGAUGAGUUAUGGAGCAUCUAUGUCUGUCACAUUCAAGAGCUGUAUGGAAACAAUGACUUGCUAUUUGUAACAGUAUUAUCACAGUUCUGUGCCUGUGUGAAACAGUUUGCGAUUUGCAGUAAGGCAUACUGUUUAGAAAGAAGCAUACACUUUUUCACAUGUACUCUGCUGUGGACUAUAUACUCUGAAAAGUAGAUAGAGCCAGUUCAAAGACCUGGUUCAGAAAACCCACUGUGUUCCUGGCCUCCCUUGGCAGCAGGAGGUUCUAGGAGCCUGGCUUCAGCAUUUUGCCUCUGAAUAGCCUGAAUUCAUAAAAAUGACUGGAUUCAAUUACAAUGGGAGUUGCUUGGGUGUUGUCUUUAAAUUUCUUUGGAAACUUUAGCCUUAGCUCUGUGACUCCUUCCCUUUUUUCUUGUUGAAGACUACCUUUAAUUUGUAACUUACAUACAUGUUAAUUAAAUGCAUACUAUUACUUUGGCAUUCA